GGCUUUUCGCGACCUUCCUGAAUCUCCAAGGCCACUACUCCGUACCGAAAACCCGCUAAACACAACCGCCACCGUCGCUGCCCUGACUUCCCUUGUGCAGAUCCAGCAGCGACAGGCAACCCAAACGGCUCCUCACCUUCACCUCAGGUCAAGAAUUCUCUCAGCACCGCCAAUACAAUCGCCAACGACACCAUUCACGCAAACCCGAACCGACACGACCACUUGCCCCCCCCAGGCAAGGCCUGCCGCUGCGAAUAAUCUUACCGAUGCCGGCCCAUGUUGACGCGCAGAGUCACACUCGUUUACAACACUCGAUCCCAUAGCAUCAGCUCCCGACAUCAUCAGUGCCAUCCUGCCCUAUGUAGCGCCCGCCCGCUUUCAACCCUUGCAUAUACAAUACUCGAUUCUCACGAUCCGCCAUGGAUCGUGCCAGGAAGCGUGAAUUGCGCUCCUUGAACACCCGCGCUUGGGAUGGCGAGCAAGAUCUGUUUGCUGUCAGCAAAUCUCUCGAUUCAUCUCUCAAGAAGAAUACCGCCUUCAUCAAGCGCCUUCGAACCGCCGUAUCGGCCGCGACCCUAAAUACCUUCCUCCAAGAGAUCCGCACCCUCAGUCUGCACAAGUACCUCUCCGAAAUUGUCUCUGCCUGCUUCGAGGGCCUAUGCAGACUCAAGUCCCCCGGCGAGAUCGAAGCUGGCGUCGAAAUUGUCAGUGCUCUACACCAGCGCUUUGGUCCCAGCGAGUUCACCGAAUACCUAGGAUGGUUGCUUGGGAAGGGAAUGGCAACGCCCGACAAGAGCUUGCUCAAGUCGUUGGCACCCGAGGUCCGCGAGAAGGAGGAGAAAGAGCGCUUGACGCGCCAGCGUGUGCUCUUGCGCAUUGUCACCGAACUUUGGCUGGUUGAUGUUCUGCGAACUCUCGAUGACGUUACAAGACCAGACGAUGCUACCAAGGGUGCUACAGGGAAGGUCGCUGAGCUGAAGCCUAGAGCGCAGGCAAACAGGAGCGGCGCUGCCGAGCCUUUUCCCCUCGAGGUACUCAAGGAUCUACUUGGCCAUGAUCGGGAACACGUAAACUUGCCUCUACUCGUCAUCUUCGUCAAGGCCUUUAGCUGGGAUAUUUUGGGCGUCAAGUCUUCGGCUGCUGAGGGACGAAAGACAGUUGAGGAGGACGGCGCGACCAAGACUGCCAACGGAAUCGUACACGGGGAGAGCGGCGGCGAAGACCAAGUCAUCGACACCGAAGAUCAGCCGUUCACACCCCCUGAGCUUCAGGAGAAGUUCAAGACUAUCCUCAAAAAGUACUUUGAGGACGUCAAAAGUCAUGUCGUUCGGGACCAGAAAUCCAUCCAUUCCCAAGCUCGCCGCAAUGCUGAGGCCUACGUCAAGUCUGGCGAGGUUUUUGAAGAUCGCCAGGCCAACUUUGAAAAGCAAAUGAAGGCCCAGGAGCGGCUGGUAGCCAAUGCUCAGGCAAUCGCGGACGCUAUUGGCGCUGACAUGCCUGAUCUCAAGGAGAGCGAUGACUCGCUGGGCAAUACCAAUGGCUCGAUCGGUCUGGUCAAGGCUGGUGACUAUCUUCGAGGUCUUGGUGACGGUGCUGGUAUUUGGGAGGAUGAAGAUGAGCGGCGCUUCUACGAAAACCUCGUCGACCUGAAGGGCAAAGUUCCAGGCAUUCUUUUGGACGACGGUAAGAAGAAGAAGUCCGAUAACGAGGAGCAAGUGGGCAGGAAAGUGGAAGUUACCGAUGCACCGGAACCACACAAGGUCCCGGACGCAGCCGAAGACCAGUCCACCUCCAUCGCCAACAAGACGAUUGGUGCUCAGGUGGACGCAGUGUUGGCCCGUCUGCCGGAUCUCACCAACAAGGAUGUUAUUGACCAAGCCGCUAUCGACUUCUGCUACCUCAACUCGAAAGCCUCGCGCAACAGGCUGAUCAAGGCUUUGACCGAAGUCCCCAAAGGCCGCGGCGACCUGCUGCCCUCAUGGGCCAGGCUCGCUGCCACUUUGGGUAGAUACAUGCCGGAUAUCCCCAAAGGCCUUGUCGACUAUCUUGAUGCCGAAUUUCGCAGCCUGCAAAGACGAAAGGACAAAGACUUCCUGGGCCAAGUGCGCUUGAGCAAUAUUCGCUACCUUGCUGAACUGACCAAAUUUGGCAUCGUUCCGGAGCACGUUGUGUUUCAUUGCCUCAAAGUCAGCCUCGACGACUUCUCGAGGAUGAACAUCGAGAUCAUCUGCAAUCUCUUAGAGAACUGCGGACGAUACCUUUUGCGGAACCCGGAGACUUCACCGCGCAUGGCAACCUUUCUCGAGACAUUGCAACGCAAGAAGUCUGUCCAGCACAUUGGCCAAGCCGAACGCAUGCUCAUUGAGAACGCUGUCUACUAUGUUGACCCUCCUGACCGGCCUGCCAUUCAGCAAAAGGAGCGCACUCCCAUGGAGCUGUUUAUUCGCAAGUUGAUCUACAUGGACAUGACUAAGCGUAAUUACAGUAAGGUCUUGAAGCAGAUUCGCAGACUUCACUGGGAGGAGGCCGAGGUUGUCACCAUUCUUGAAAAGGUUUUCUCUAAGCCGGGCAAAGUCAAGUACGGCAACAUCCAUCUUCUCGCAAUUCUUCUCAGCGCAAUUUACCGCUAUCACCCCGCUUUCGUCGUCAGGGUUAUCGACACUGUCAUGGAAUCGAUCAGCUUCGGGCUGGAGCAAAACGACUUCAAGUUCUACCAGCGAAGGAUUUCCGAGGUCAAGUACAUUGGUGAACUCUACAACUACCGAAUGGUUGAGCAUCCAGUCGUCUUCGACACCAUGUACAAGAUUAUGACAUUUGGCCACGGUGGUCCGCCCAUCCCUGGUCGACUAAAUCAUUUUGAUUUGCCCGAUGAUUUCUUCCGCAUUCGUUUGAUUGCGACUAUCUUGGAGACAUGUGGCAUGUACUUUGCCAAGGGUGCGGCUGGCAAGAAGUUGGACUACUUCUUGUCGUUCUUCCAGUACUACAUCUAUACCAAGCAAUCGCUGCCCAUGGACAUCGAGUUCAUUGUUCAAGACACUUUCGCCCUUACACGACCCCAGUGGAAAUUGGCAACCAACCUCGAAGAGGCUUCAAAGGCAUUCCAGCUUGCCAUAGCUCAGGACCAAAAGGUCUCGGGAGCCGACAAGACGCUCGAGGCCGAUGAUGCAUCCAUCGGGUCAUCUUCGGACGAUGAGGAUGGAGAUGAACAUUUGCCUGAGCCCGAAGCUGACGAAGAAGAGUCUGAUUCUGACGAAGAUGCUGAGGUAAGAGAAUUGCAUAGGUCGUGCUGGCCCAACCCGUUACUGAUUAGUCGUACGAACAGGACAAUGACGUCGACAUGUCUCAUGCGGACUCCGAUAGCGAGGAUGAGGCUAUCGUGGUCACUCGCCAGCAGGAACAAGUUGAUCCGGAAGCCGAGGCCGAGUUUGAACGUGAAUACGCAAAGAUGAUGGCCGAGAGUCUGGAGUCUCGCAAGUUCGAGCGCAAACCCUUGUUCGACGUGCCACUGCCCGUCCGCGGCAAAAGCAAGGAGUCGGCAACAGCAGCCGACUCUGGAGAUACUAGUGUGCCCGCUCCCAGUAGCACAAUGGCCUUUUCGCUCUUGACGAAGAAGGGCAACCGUCAGCAGGUGGGUGAAGUUGUGGUGGGUUGGGUGCAGUUAUCAUCUUUGCUAACAAGCUUCGCAGACGCGUACUGUGGAACUUCCUUCCGACUCAACAUUUGCUGUGGCUAUGAAAACUCAGCAACAAGCCGAAAGAGAGGAGCAGCAACGCAUCAAGAACCUUGUCUUGAACUAUGAUCUUCGCGAGAGCGAGGAUCCGGAUGGUAACGACUGCCCAAACCCAAUGAAAGCACACCUAGAUAUUCACAACCCCCAAGCAGGCCACGAGAAGCCAACUUCCUAUCAUCAUAAUCGAACAGAUCGCGGAAAAGACCGCGGCGGACAACGGGUUCGCAAGCUUCAGCUAAGUGACGUUGAUUGGUAUGAAUCAUCAACCAAGCGUGGACACUAUUUUGCACGGGCACAGACUCCUUGCUCCGACUGGGACGUAGAAGCUGGCAACGAUGUAGAGCAGUCAGAGACUCCUUCAACACAUCACCACGGUACUGUUCACAAGCGUCACAUGCCGGCCAUGCACUCUACGCCCAGACCAGGAGAUCGAAAGGAACAGCCUCGCCGGGUUCGCAAGUGCCAGUAGAGUUUGCUAACGAAGAGGAAACCUCGCUUCCAUAACAGGACGUGAAGAACGCACCAUCAUACAGAACUAGGUUCUGAGGAUACACUUUAUUGCAGUCUUCCAGACGCCACCAACUCAACCCACUGGAGGUUGCCGCAACUGCCAAGACUUCCAAGGUGCAGGAUGGCUCCUGAGGUUCAUCGAGGCAGACAAAUUCAUGCAAGGCGCCAAACGCGGCCAAGUAUACUCUCGUCACCGGAGCUUACCAGCUUUUCAGGCUCGUAAAACUCCACGAUCUAGCCGAGACCCAUGGCAGACUGACAAGUAUAUAAGCCAAGCUGCGAUCAACAAUUGGUUGAUAACCUCAGGAUUCAUAUGGAAGAAGAGCCAUGGGUUGCAAGGGUGGCCAGUCACCGGCUAGAUCGUAGUUCGUGCGUGAGGGUGACGAUGACGGAGGGGCGAGGAAUGCCAGGUGGAAUGGAUGGGUGCAAAGCAGAUCUCUACUACACCAGCUAAGCAAGUGGGUACAGUACCUAUAAGAUCUGAAGUCAUCAUUCUGGUUGAUUGACCCUGGGAUCACUGCCGCCUUUUCUUUGCAGAGGAGAAUUCCCACAUUCAACAUUCUUUUGGUAAAGAGAAGUAGAUGUCCAAUAUCGAGAAAGGUAACAAGUGCAUGAGCAAACCGGCUUAACCAUUAUCGCCAGUGCCUCUUCCGAACCGGGACAGGUGAUUUUGAUCGAAGUCAUUUCUCACGGGCGAAUCUCACCAAAUGAUUCACUCACGGCGGUACGGCAAGAGGUAGGCAAGCGUAAAU